CGGCCCGGCGGAGUGUAUAAGGCACGGUGCGGAGGCCACCGCCAUUUCUGUUCCGCCCGCCAGUCGAUGUAGAGUGUGGUCUGUGUCCCCCUCCCUCCCUCAGGGCUUGAGGCCGCCAUGGCGUAUUAGAGGCAACAGUGCCUGCGGCAGCGUUGGCCUUUGCAGCGGCGGCAGCAGCACCAGGCUCUGCAGCGGCAACCCCCACCGGCUUAAGCCAUGGCGCUCUUCACGGCAUCCAGCAGCAGCGUUGCUGUAACGGACAAAGACACUUUUGAUUUAAGCACAGUCCUCGAUUCCAGCAAAGCCCCGAAACAUGACCGAGAUGAGCUUCCUGAACAGCGAGGUGUUGGUGGGGGACUUGAUGUCCCCCUUCGACCAGUCGGGUUUGGGGGCUGAAGAAAGCUUAGGUCUCUUAGAUGACUACCUGGAGGUGGCCAAGCACUUCAAACCUCAUGGGUUCUCCGGCGACAAGGCUAAGGCGGGCUCCUCCGAAUGGCUGGCUGCGGAUGGGUUGGUCAAUGCCUCAGAUACCGGCAAGGAGGAUGCCUUUUCCGGAACAGAUUGGAUGUUGGAGAAAAUGGAUCUGAAGGAGUUUGACUUCGAUGCCCUGUUUCGAAUGGAUGACCUGGAAACCAUGCCAGAUGAGCUUUUGGCCACGUUGGAUGACACAUGUGAUCUUUUUGCCCCUCUAGUCCAAGAGACUAAUAAGGAGUCCCCCCAGACAGCGAACCCAAUUGGCCAUCUCCCAGAGAGUUUAACGAAAACCGACCAGGUUGCCCCCUUUGCCUUCUUGCAACCUCUUCCCUUUGCCCCAGGGGUCCUGUCUUCCACUCCAGAUCAUUCCUUUAGUUUAGAGCUAGGCAGUGAAGUUGAUAUCUCUGAAGGAGACCGGAGGCCUGACAGUGCUGCUUACAUUACUGUGAUCCCUCAGUGUGUAAAAGAGGAAGACACCCCCUCAGAUAAUGAUAGUGGCAUCUGUAUGAGCCCUGAGUCCUACCUGGGCUCUCCCCAGCAUAGCCCCUCCACCUCCAGGGCAUCUCCAAGCAGUCUGCCUUCUCCAGGUAUUAGCCAUGGGUCUCCUCGCCCCAAACCUUAUGACCCUCCAGGAGAUAAGGCGGCAACGAAAGUAAAGGUUGAAAAGCUGGAUAAGAAGCUCAAAAAAAUGGAGCAAAACAAGACUGCAGCCACUAGGUACCGCCAGAAAAAGCGGGCAGAGCAGGAAGCCCUUACUGGUGAGUGUAAAGAGCUAGAAAAGAAGAAUGAAGCUCUCAAAGAGAAGGCAGAUUCGCUGGCUAAAGAGAUCCAGUAUCUGAAAGAUUUGAUAGAAGAGGUCCGCAAGGCAAGGGGGAAGAAGAGAGUUCCCUAGUAGGGUAGUCAGGAGUGCUUUGUGCUUGUACAUAGGAGUCUUGUGCUAAUGCUGUGUUUACUGUAAUAAAUUAUUUUGUAGUGAAAGUACAAA